AAAACUUUUCCUCUUCCCUCUUUCUCUUUCUUACUUUCUUAUCAUGAUGCGCUCGACAAAAUUCGUUUGGGCAACAUGCCUCGCAACACUCGCAUUGACCUUAUUACUCGUCACAUACACAUCAACACAGUCCAUGAGUGUUCAACUCAAAUUUAACAUUACUCCUGUCAGUCAGCAACAAAAGACAUUAUCAAAACAAAAGCAAGAGAAGUACAUUACGUUCUUACCUCAUUCCGGGUUACACAAUCAGCGUAUUGGUCUCUUAAAUGCACUUAUUUUGGCAAAAGCACUUGACCGUACUUUGAUCUUACCUGAGAUCAAUAUCGGUACUGCUAUUUGGUGGAGACCAAGCACUAUUGCCGAGUUCCGUUUAAGUGAAUGUCCUUCUUUGGGCGUACAUGGUCAUGCUCAUUGCAAGGACUUUAAGAAAUAUGUACCUGUCUCGGUCGAAUCUAUUUUUGAUUUAUCUGCUGCUCAUGCCCAAGGUAUUCGCACCAUUCAACGUUCAAGCAUGUCUCAGUCUUAUUUUAAAGACGUGUUGGAGAUUGAACAAGAAGACAUUUAUCGUCUGCAAGACAUCUCACGUUAUUCAUACCGAAUUUAUGAUUCCGAGGAUAAUCAAGACGAUAUUCGAACUUUUGCUUAUCGUGUCGAGUUAAAUGAUCUCCGUGCAAGAGAAGAAGAUGUUAUCAUGUUUGGUUCAUUACAUUAUACUUUGCGCUUGGCUCUUGAGAAUCCUUCCUUGGUUUGGUUAGCUAAUCAUUUGCGUCAAGAAGUCAGCAUCUCUCAUCCUAUUGUGACUCGACAAGCUCUCAGUGUGAUUCCUUUACUUGGUGGUCCCGAAUCCUUUGUGGGUGUGCAUUUGCGACAAGGUGAUGGUUAUUUUAAGGCCUUGAUGGACGAGACUGUAAAUACCUUGAGAGCUACUUUGGAACAACCUGAAUUGACUCAAGAACAAAUCAUUGCUCAACAGACAUUAUCUGAACAAGCAUCCUUGGUCUCUACUCCUCUCACAGUCGAAGACGAGGCCCGAAUUACCAAACUAAAGCAAAUCGACCAAGCCAACCCUAACGACAAGAUGGGGCUCUUGAACCAAUGUGUUGCAUGGCACAGUCAAAAAAAUCACCCCCGUCUACGUCUUAUCUUUAUGGCCACCGAUACACCUCAGCCUCGUACAACGCUAAAGGCUCUUUAUGACGAGUUUCCGUGCAUAUUUACGCUCUCCGAUUUUCCUCAAGUCAUCGAAAGUACGUUGAACAUGACUCCCAUGCUGACUGGUAAUCAGAUGGUGGAUGAAGAAAUGAAGCAAUUGGACACAAGAAUUGCUUCUCUCUUGUUUCCCAUGAUUGAUGCUGAAAUUGCUUCUCAUGGCUCGAUCUUCAUUGGUACAAGAAAGAGUACUUUCUCUCAGUACAUCAAUUUCAGAUACAACCGUUUCCAAUCCAUGUAUCAUACUACAGUUUAAUUAUAUAUUCUUGUAUUUUGCUUUCAUAUAGACCUAUUUUGUUAUAUACACAUUUAUUUAUUUUUUUUGUACACACACUCAUUUACAUAUAUACAUAUAUACACACACUUUGCGUUAAUAAAUGAAACUUUCUCUUUACUAUAUAAAGUGAUGUCAUACAGCAACAGAAGAAGUUGAUUAGAAAAAG